GUCGUUCGUCGCCCGCGUGAUUGAGCCGGCGGAUGGUCUCAGCUGGUCUCAUGAUCCACCUCCCGCGUCGUCACCAACGUAAAGGAGCUUCCUCACUGCAAUGAGCUUGUCCUGCCAUCGAACAUCAUAUUGACGACGCUUCGCAUUGUGUCCGCGAGCAGCACGCCAUGGGCGCAUCUAGGGAGUACGCCCGUCGGCAGUCCAGGCCCAUGAUUGAUCCUGCGGGUACCUACCGCGUCCCCUGACCCGCUCCAGCUUCCUUGCUCUGAACCAUAACGACCGCUUCUCUCAACCUCAGGCCCGUUCAUAACUGGGGUCACCGGCGUCAUGGGCCUUGGACGAACCAUAAUCAGCGCCGCCGUCGCGUCGUGGGCGAGAUCCUCAGCGAAGGGCAAGGAACCUGCGAGUCCGGACGCAGAGGACGAGAUGUCUCGAAGACCACUGCUUGGGCUCUCGCUGCCCCCAAAACAGUCGUUCGGCUCGGCUGCCCCGCCUCCAACGUAUGGCUCGACGUCAAGACAGGCGAGCUCAAGCAUACACAGCAGCCCCGAGCGAUACCGGAGAGAUAGCCAACUGGGCCAGGUGCCCGAGGAGGGGCUGGAGGAAUUGGAUGAGGAGGAAUUGGACUUGGAAGAGCGCGGAUACUACAUCGGGUCAUACAGGCAGAAGGUUGCUCUCUACACCUUCGUACCGCUAAGCUCCCUGCUCGUAUUCGUGCUCUUCGCUUUCCUGCCACUGCUCGUCUGGCGCAGUGAUCCACCCAGCGAUUCAAGCUAUCCCAAGUAUUUCCAGUCACCAGUGCCGGAGCUUCUCGUCUCGAUCUCACUAUGGAUUCUAUCUCACCACCUGCGUCUCCCAUUGUUCACCAUCACUUCUUCCCUCCUCAAAUCGCCGAUCUGGAACACACUUCUAUUCAACAUCCUCCAUGUCCUGCUCAGUCAGCUCCUCCGCCUCUCUGCGUUCCCUGUCCUCAGCAUCCGGCACAAGAUGGACUACCCGCUUCCGACAUGGAAGGACCCCGCCUUCUCCCGGGUGUGGUGGAUCGGGCUCGGGUGGGGACUCGCGGACGUCGCCGUAGGAAUCACGCAGGGUUACGAGCAGCUCGUGCUGUAUCGCGAAGUCAUGGUCCCGGAAGACAAGGUCCGGGACGUGCUUGUGCGGUGGAAGAGCGGGCUUAGUGGGCUCGGCGGCGGCAGACGCGCCUCAUCCGACGACGCCCUGCCGCUCAGCCCGCGCGCCGCAGAAGCCCGCGAGAACGGGGAAAACGCUGCGAAGCCGAGAAGCCUGGAGGACGCUAUCAAGCUCGCCGUGGACAAGGAUCUGGAGGAAAUCGUGCGGCUGAAGGAUAGGGAGGAGCUUGAGGAAAUAUACGGCGUGCCCCCGAUUCACAUCCCCGUCUUCGUGUCGUGCUUGCAGCGCAUCGACUCACUCAUCCUGUCGAUGGGUCAUACGCUCAUCUUGUCCGGGACCUACCUCCGAUCUCCGCUAUCUUUCCCAGACACUGACAUCCCGUCGAUGUAUAAGCAUUAUCCUUUUGCCAUAGGUUUCCCCCUUGUUGUAUUGGUACACCUUUCCCUUGCGCUACUUCACUCACCCAAUCUCCUGCCUCGCGUCGGCGUGCACACUAUGGCGUACGCUGGGUUUCUAGUCGGCCUCGGCAUGACGUUUGCCGGGCUUGCUCUCUGGGGUGCCUUGUCGUAAUCACCAUCUCUGAUUAUAUCCCCAGUAGCGACUUGCUUACCUGUUCACACAUCUACCUCUGUAUCUCUGUUUGGAUCCAUAGACUUUGCAGGUACUCCCUCUGUGCGAUGUGUGUACAGCGAUCGACGUCACAGCGAGAAUAAGCUUUUGUUGGGAGAGAUCUUGUCAGCGCGUCGGUAGAUCUGGUUGCCUUGCGACCGGGCAGCAACCCGUUGACUUUCCCCGGGGCCC